ACGCAAGGCCCCUCUGUUAAUCUACACAAUCAUUGUUGAUCGAAUGGAAAUGCGACGCUUGUGUGUGUCGGGGUCAAAACUACUUACUACGGAUAAAAUAUUAGAUGUUGGGCCAAAAUACAUCGUGGAAAAUGCCUGACUAACAGUUCAUCAGUGCUAAAAUAAGUGAAUCGAAGUGAAGGAACAAGAAGUGUUUGAAACAUCUGUUCAAGUGAAUGUGUAAUUGCUGUGUCCCCUUGCCCAACAACACGUCCAACUCAAAACGACCAGAAAAAAAAACGGUUGGAUUACACAUGACGACUUGAAAGAUUGGGUACCAUGAGGAAAAUAAGCGAGAGGAUGUAAGUCAAACACUGGCAUAAUGUGAAUUUCCUCCUAUCAAGCCCUCAGUACAUGAAGAGGGUCACAAAAGACAUCACAAUUACCUGGAGAACACCUCAAAGUCCACCAGAUUUUGGUGAUUAUUGAAAAUAUUCCAAACAGAAUUUACCGCUGACAAAUAAUCAACAGUUGUGAAGAAAGAUGGGGGAGAGUGCCUCCGCUGACACGUGGUCGCAAUGGUUUCUGGACGCAAUACGAAAAAUUCGCAGUCAGAAACAGCGGCCAAGUGUUGAGCGGAUAUGUCACGCCAUCAGACAGCAUCACAACUAUCAUGAAGAGGAAAUCGGUGAACAUCUCGAGAAGGCGGUGAAACGUGGCGAUGUCCUUAAAAUAUUCAACAAAGGACAAUCAUCGUACAAAGAUCCCGGUGGUUUGCAAUCAAAGCCCUUGAAAGUUAAUAAAACAACGGACUUGAGCAAAGUCCUGGGGAAAGCUGUGAGGGAAUUGGGUGAAAGGGAUGGAUCAACUCUGAAGAAUAUUGAAAAAUAUGUUAGACAGAGUCACACCGUUGAGGAGACCGCUGAGGGGGAUCUUAGGACUGCCCUCAGGUUGUCAGCUAAGAGGGCCGUUGACAGGGGUCUUGUCAUCCAGGAUGGCAGACUCUUCAGGCAGCCUGAUAGACCUCCGGCCAAGAAGGUCGAAUCAACGAUUAAUCAUGUGACGAAUAACAGUGAUCUAGCUGCAAAUAAGCUUCCCGCCCCUCUACCAAUUUGUCGCGAGUGUCUCGGUACAACAGCAGCGGCUAACAACAACAAUACGAAAAAAACAGUUGCGGAAAAGCUCUCAAGGUGCAGUGUAUGUGGUGCAGCACUCCAUCACACAUGUGCACCAACAGAAUUGGCAAUUCUUGUUGAACGUGGAGCAACAUGGUGCUGUGACGAUUGCGCAGCUGUUUGUGCUGGUUGUAAACUCGAGCGCGAUUCUCAAAAUUAUCUGGUCAAAUGCUCGGGAUGCCCAAAAUGUUUUCAUCCCACGUGUUUGGAUCCAGUACUGGAUAAGAAGAGCAAAGCACCGUGGCGGUGUAGACACUGUCAAACAUCACAUGGAUCAAACAGAGAGGAUGGCAAACGUCCGAUAAAACAGCACGACUCUAGUUCACAGGAUGAAAGCUCGCCGACAACCGCGAGAAGACGGAUUAGCAAAAUUCGGGAGAAUCGAAAGUCAGGCGUAUCGCACAAGAGUAUAUCCCUGAGUCCAAAGAAGACCUCGGUAAUUCCAGAAACAUCAACAGUCGAUCGUGGAACAGUAUCACAGGUGGACAGCAGCACGGACGGUAAUGCGGGUGUUGUCUUCCCUCGUCAACCACCACCAACCACGAAUCCCAUAUCCCACCAACCAAACGUCCAAUCAACCUCAUACGCGGGCCAGGGUAGACAUCUGGAGGAGAAGAGUGACCGUAUAUCAAAGGAAAAGCAAAAAUUCUUCCGUUCAUCAGCAUUUAAUGCUACACACACUAAACAAAAACGCUCGCUAUCACAUGAUAAAAAUGAUGAUAAAUCUAGGUUAAUAACAUCAUCAAAAUUAUCGAGUCCUAGUUCGGGGUCUAAAAUAUUAUCAAAAUCAUGUAAAAAUGCGCGUAAAUCCAUGAGUAGUAGUAGUAGUAGUAGCUCUAGUAGUAGUAGUAGAAAUAGUGAAUCAUCGGAAACAAGUGAUAAUGAUUCGUCAUCAUCGUCAUCUGACGAGGAUGCCUCUGACAUAUCCUCAACUGGUACCAGUGAUUCAUCACCUUCAGAAGACGAGCCAGACUCUAGAGCAGACGAUAAAUCCAAAAUCGAUUUAAGUGCAAUUGAUAAAAAUGAAGAGUCACCCUGGGGAUUUGCAGCAGCUGCUGCCAAACUCACGGUCGAUGCGCCCUUUUUCAGUUCUAUCAAUAAUACAUUUGGCGGGCCCUUGCCAAAGCUCGAUAUGGGGACUAAACCGACUUUUGGGCUACAUAUACAGCCAGCAGCAUCACCAUCAGACAAGAAAAAAAUUGAUGCUGAUAAGGUAAAGCCUGGGGCUGGCCCGCUCAAGGGCCUGUUCGAUGGUCUGAGCCAUUUCUUCGCCGCUGGCACCACCAGCCGAGCUAGAGCUGCUGAUAAACCCUUCAAUUAUGCACCUGACAGACGAAAAAAGGGCAACGAUAAAAUCGACGAUGUCCUACCAGAGAGUGUCAAUAAACCAGUUGAACGAAGAAAAAAACAUGCCGAUUGUAAGAAUGACGAUGAGGAUAAAAAUUUUGAUGACAGUGAUAAAAUGACACCUAGUAAUCUCGUGAAAACGGCUGUUAACUCAAAGAGACACGAAUCUAAUAAAAGAAAAAAUGAUAGUGAUGUUAAAUGUGCUGAUGAUGUCAAGGAGGGGAGGAGGAAAAUUGGGGAGGGCUACCCUGUGCCGGCUAUCCCAAGUAAUCACCAUUAUCAUAAUCAUGAAUCCGAGAUAAAUCCUGGCCAAAAAAUAUCCCAACCACGUGCCUGUAAUAGCGCAACCACCACCAACACCACCACGACACCCCGCGCGACACCCUGCUCCAUCAGGAAGGACGAAUCUAUUGUGCCUCACACGUUGCCACCAGGAGUUACCCAGAAAGAUCUGGAUCUCUUUAAGGAAGCUAGGGAGCAGGCUAAUCGUCUGACAGUGGACGAUGAUCUUGAAAAAGCGACGAGUCCGGGUGGUGCGAGCGUCAUCACGACAACGAGAAAUCCAGCAGCUAUCGUAUUUGGAAAAUACGAAGUUGAAACAUGGUACUCGAGUCCAUUCCCCCAGGAGUACGCGAGAUUACCGAAGCUAUUUUUCUGCGAAUUCUGUUUGAAAUAUACAAAGAGUCGGGCUGUGUUGGAUAGACAUAUGGAUAAGUGUCAAUGGAGGCAUCCACCUGCCACUGAAAUCUAUAGAUGCAAUGGAUUGUCAGUAUUCGAGAUUGACGGCAAUGUGAAUAAAAUCUACUGUCAAAAUUUGUGUCUCCUGGCAAAGCUGUUUCUCGACCACAAGACCCUUUACUACGACGUCGAGCCAUUCCUCUUUUACGCAGUAACGAUAAAUGACAAGCAAGGCUGUCACCUAGUUGGUUACUUCUCCAAAGAAAAGCACUGUCCAGCCCAGCGUUACAAUGUCUCCUGCAUAAUGACCCUACCUCAGUAUCAGCGACAAGGUUUCGGUCGAUUUCUCAUAGAGUUCAGUUAUUUAUUAUCGAAGGUCGAGGGCAUUCCAGGUACACCAGAGAAGCCACUCUCAGAUCUAGGUCGAGUCUCUUAUCACUCUUUUUGGAAAAGUGUGGUACUCGAGUAUUUCGCAGUGCACAGGAGUGUAACUGAUUUUAAAUUGGGGGACAUUACUAGAGAGACAGGGGUUUCAGCUCACGAUAUUGCUACAGCUCUUCAGCUCCUGGCAUUCGUUCGCCUAGUGAACAAAGAAGUUUCAAUCGUAGUCGAUUGGUCGAAAGUCGACAGUCACAUGGCGAAAAUAAAGAAGUCAUCGAGAAUAACACUUGACCCAGACUGCCUUCGUUGGAUCCCCCUGGUCACUCAAAUACCCAAUCCCUAUCAGUCGCCUGACGAAAAUGGUGAAUCAGCUGGUGAUAAUUCCCCCAUACUGGAGCCCAAGCCAGUGGCGAAUAUGAUUGAGAAGAUCCAACGGGUGAAAAUAAAGAAGAGACCUCGGGGCAAGCGAAUUGGUGCUCGUAGAUCGACUCCCAUGAAGCAGAGAACACCAUCAAAAGUACCAAAGCUGAAGGAGGAAAAAGUCAAUGGUAAUGUACCUGACGAAGAGACUAAAGGGGUGGUCGAUGAGGAUAAAAAUGUCACACCGAGAAAUUCAAGGAGCAGUCAAAAGGUGCCAGCAUCAACACCAAGAAAAAUUCACACAUCUACCACUGCUAAACGCAAAAUACGAACAUCAAAGAUGCCGGAAAAUGCUCCAGUGACAUCAACACCGGCGAGAAAGCGUAAGCUCUCUGUCAAGAUUGAGGAUGACGAUAGGAAGACAAAUGACGAAACCACUGGAAAUGCAAGAAAAAGAACGAGGGAGAGCUUGAGGGACAAGAAGGUGGUGAGAGAGAAGCCUGAGGAGAAGAGCCCCGAGAGAAAGCCAGUCAAAGAGAUUAUCAGUGCCGAUAAGAAUUUCCCGAAAAAACAGAGCAAGCUCGAUGACAUUCUCAUGAAAGUGACGGACAGACGAAACAAAGUCCUUCAAUCAAAAUUAUCGAAAGAGGGGAAGAAGUUCAAUCACGAAACAUCACAGUACAAUGGAAAGGAGAGGAAGGAUGGAACUGAAGUGAGUGAGAAGGAGGUAUUGCCCUCGAAGAAGCGAGGGAAACUAGUGGCAUCAAAGGUGGAGAAGGUGAAGUGCGCAAGUCCAAUGACGGUGGCAUCCAGAACUGAAGUGCAAAAACCAAAAACGUUAAAUAAGCAGUUGACAAUCACUGAAAUGUUUACAAAGACCGAACCGAAAGACGAUGAGGAGAAAAAGAAAAACUUUGUUGAAGAACAUGAAGUGGUGAUCGCGAGUUCAGGAGAGUACGAGGGUGGCGAUGAGGAUGAUGGUGAGGAGGAAGAGGAGGAGGAGGAGGAGGUGGAGGAAGAAGAUGAUGAUGACGAAGAAGAAGAGGAGGAAGAAGAAGAGGAAGUUGAUGAGGAUGUGGGCGAAGAGAAGGUGAAACAGGUGGAUACGCAAAAUGAGAAGAAGAGCGAACCCCUGCCAGUGGAGGCAGUGUCCCCUGAUCCUCUGAAAUCCUCCGAAAAAUCACAUGUAAAUGCUGAAAAGCCCGCAGUACCUGAAGAAUCUGAAAAACCAGCUAAACUUGUAGAGCAAGAACGAGAGGAUGUCAGUGAGAUUGUUGAGUCAGCAACGGCACAGAAGCCACCGGAGGUUCCAUCAAUGGAAUCUCCAAUCACAACUCGAAUCGAAGUUGAGGAAUCGACAAAAGACACUUCAGAGUCAAGUGGUGAGAAUCAAAAAAUUUCAGAAGUGGUAUCUCCUCAAGUCCUCUGUUCAGAAACGCCUCAAGAUCCUGUGGAAGCUCCACGAGAUAACCACGAUGAGUGCCUGCCGCAAUCAGUUCCAAUAGUGUCGUCCCCUGCCGUAUCGCCAGAGAAACCGAAAAUUUCAAUCGAGCCUCCCAAGGAGUCUCCAGAAGUUCCGAAGUCUCCCCUGAAGUCUCCUCCAGUUCCAAUAGAAUCCUCCGCCGAUGAAUCACACCAAAUACCAGCAGAGAGACAGAGUCAUCGAGACUUCCGUGACUCAAUUCAGCAGUCUCAACUGCCAACAGACGAAAAAGAGCAUUCACCAGAGAGCGGUAAGACAACUCCACACCUGGAGAAUCCAGGAUCAGUAAAAAGAACACCACCGAGUCAACCAGAUUUGCCUUCAAUGGGUGUUUACACACCAGAUAGUACAACAAAUUCAGUUCAUUCACUGCAUUAUGGCCAGUGUGAUCUAGACGUAUCACAAUUAGGUUUAGAAUCACCGACAUCAAUAGCGAGUGAUCUUGCUUCACAGCACAGUGUAGAGCGUCCACCCAGUGCCCUUCCACCAAUGACAACCAGUGUAUCAACACCAUUACCCCCAAAUCCCCAUCAAAUUCCCCCACAAUCGACGAUAAUGUCGCAAGUACAGUACGACUGUUCCAUGGCUCACGUCCAGAUGCAUCCCAUGCAUCAGCCCCUCCAGCAACCGAGGACACCCCAGAGCCUUCCCACACAAUCACCACAACCAAUGCCCCAGAGUCAUACACCUCAGCCUGUACCACAACCACAUACUCCUCAGCCAAUUCCACAGUCACACACCCCUCAGCCAUUACCACAGCCACACACUCCUCAACCUAUACAGUCCCACACACCUCAACCAGUACCUCAGUCCCACACACCUCAGCCCCAACCUCAGUCACAACCUCAGCCUCAACCUCAAGCACAAGCCCAACCGCAACCUCAACCUCACCCUCAUCCUCACCCUCACACCCACCCUCAUCCUUCACCUCAGACUCUAUCACAAGCCCUCAUGUCCCAGCAGAAUAUCCAACAUCAUCAUCCCCAACAAACAACGAAUCCACCCCACAACACUUCCAACAACACAAGUAAACGAGGCAAUGGUUCCCAGACUCAUAGAUCAAGAUCAAAUCAGCAGAAUCGCUCUCAUCGAGCAACUCCCCCCUCCUCUCACACUCAAACAAGUGGAAAUCAUUCAGUGGUAUCUCACGGUGCUUCACCCCUGGUCUCACAGUACCAACAACCCUCUAUGACUGUUCCCCCAGUACCCCACCACACCCACUCUCACUCCCACUCCCACAACAUGGCAGUAAUAUCUCAGGGUAACUACAUGGCGACAGUGGCAUCCCAAGCCUUUCCCGCUCAGAAUACUUACGUUAUUCAACACAGAAGUGGAAGAAACGUUCCAUCAACCCCCUGCACAACUGCCACUAAUUUUUACAUUCAAACAUCAGCAAUGCCACACAGCCACACAUCAGCUCCCUCCCUGUCUGCUGGACACAAUCAGGGAACACCAAAUAGUUGCAGUCUAGCUAAACUCCAGCAAUUGACAAAUGGCUUGGAGAUGAUACCACCAACACCACCACCAGCCAUGAACCUCACUCCACCCCCACCCAUUCCUCACACUAUGACACCACCUCAAAAUUCACGACAGCUAUCAGCUACACCCCCUCAAGUACCUCUAGGCUAUCCGAAAAAUUAUUACAACGUUAAUAGUGUACCUCCUCCACCUGGUACACCAGGUCCCACUAGUAGAUCCACAUCUAGAUCAUCAGCAAAUGCCAAUAUGACGUCACUACAGAAUUAUGCAUCUGAAACUCUGUACAGACAGAGUUUAGAUCCAAGUGGCAGUUGUCCACAGAUGCAAAGUGCUGCAUCUAGGGUAUCACCAAAUGUUGCAUUAAAUACAAAUUUAAUGGCAGCAGCGCAGUAUGGUUAUAGAGUUGCCCAGCCUGGCACUGGUUACAUGAAUCAAGCUGCUCAAAUUGGUGGUUUCAUGAAUCAGGCUGGUCAACUUCCUGUUGGUGUUGUUAACGUACCUGGUGCAUACUCCCAAGAUCCACAUCAGCAAAAUCCUGCUGCCGUUUAUACCACUUAUCAUGGAUACAUCAAUGGAGGUCUCAUGCAGCCACUCAAUAGCACUAUGAGACCCAGAUAAAGUGGCAUUUACCUUUUAUGUGAAUAAAUAAUUCAUUGAUUAAAUUGCCCUUUUUUUUUAAUCGACUUCGGAGAUAUCAUGUGUGAAUGAAGUCAUGAUGGGAAAUGACCAUGACAGUUCCCACUGGCUCAACUGUGCUCUAUCCUACACACGUGAUAUUUCCCAAAUUUUAUAAAGUCACUAAUUUGAAUUUUUGAAUAGUGAGAAUUUUAUCGGCUAUAACGAAUACAAAUGAUGAUAUUUAAUCAAUCAAUUAUUUUUUGAAAAGGGCGCAUAUUCCCUCCAAUAUAAUAUGGAUAUUGUAUUAUAGUUUUAAAAACUCAAUCUUAAUAUUGCAAUAAUGAUUUUAAUGGGGAGUACUGGAAUGGAACAUCCUCGGGAGGCCCUGUACUUUCCAUAUUUCUUUAUGCAUUAUGUAUGGAGGUGACAAAGCUCAUAAUUUCGUUACGUUGACAUGUUUUUAUUCUUCGUUCCUUUUAUCUCAUUAUUUAGCUUGUGAACAGCAUACAUAUUAAAAAUGAUGUCUUUAGUAGAAAACACCUUCUGGGGAAACAAUACGUAAGAAUAUUGACAUCUUGGUCUUUGAGUAUUUGUAAAACUCGUUGCACAUUUUGCAAGACAUUUUUAUCGUUUCAUUUACUGUACAAAAAAAAAUUAAUCUAGCGCAUAAUUAAAUCGGGAGACAAACCUGAAAAAUGGAGAAAAUAAAAUGUAAAGAAAAUCUUGAGAGUGAGCUAUUGCUGAUUAAAUAUUAAUAAUGAAGAAGAAAAUUGUACAUUUGGAGUAAUAAGUGAUAUGAAAAUAAAAGAAUGAAUCACAGUGGGCUAUAUUGCGAAAUGUUGUAGUUGUCACUAUAUUUUUUAUUAUCACUUUCACGGGAGAUAUCAAAGUUUUGUCGAUUAAUAAAUAUUUCUUAUGCGUGUGAAAGUAUAAAUAGUUUUAACAUACGAUAUAUUAUUGUAGAUUUUUCUCAGCUUUUCGCACUGUGAAGUAUUGUUUCUUUUUCACGUAGAAAUAUUAAUAACAUUAUUCAAUAAUGAGGAAUAAUAGUUACAUAAGGAUUUUUUUUAAUGAAAAACGUUGGCUGAAUAGCAAAAAAACAAUAAUGAUAUAAUAUAUAUAAAUAUAUAUGCAUAUAUCUAUUUAUGGUACGAGCAGUGAAAAAAAAAAUUCGUUAUGAUAAUUGAGGAAAAAUAAAUUGACAAAGGGUGCGUAUAAAUCGGGAUUAAUUGUAAGAAAACAGUAAAUAGGCCAAUAGACGUAGACAACAAUGAUCUAAAUUAAUAUUAAUUAGUUUCAGAUGAUCUAAAUAAAAAAAUCGAAAGUCUGUAAGGUUGAUUGUGUAAAAAUACAACAAUAUUUAUUGUACAUAGUUAUAAAAAAACGAUGCAUAAAAAAUUAAGUACUACUAACAAAUAAAAAAGCAAAAAAAUCAUUGAUAGUUGAAAAUAUAAA